CUCCGACGCACUUGGUCACAGACGCAACGUUUGAAAUGGCUGUCACUCUUCACACAGAUCUAGGAGAAAUUAAAAUCGAGUUGUUCUGUGAGCGCACUCCAAGAGCGUGUGAGAACUUUCUUGCUCUGUGUGCCAGCGGGUUCUACAAUGGUUCCAUCUUCCACAGAAACAUUAAAGGCUUCAUGGUUCAGACUGGAGACCCGACAGGCACGGGUAAAGGAGGAACAAGCAUAUGGGGUCGCAAAUUCGAAGAUGAGUUCAGUGAACACUUGAAACAUAACGUAAGAGGAGUGGUCUCAAUGGCCAACAACGGCCCAAACACGAAUGGCUCCCAGUUUUUCUUCACGUACGCCAAACAGCCUCAUCUGGACAUGAAGUACACCGCCUUCGGAAAGAUUAUCGAUGGCUUGGAAACACUGGACGAACUGGAGAAGCUGCCCGUGAAUGAGAAGACGUUCCGACCGCUGACUGAAACCCGCAUAAAAGAUGUGACCAUUCAUGCUAACCCUUUUGCUGGGUAGCUGACUUCAGAAAUACAGAAAGGCCUUUAAUGCAGACGUGGACCCUGGUAUUUCCUAUAAGUCAGUUUAUACAGCGCGGGGAGCCUUGCCAAAGUUAAAACGGAUAACUUGUCAGAGGGUAGAAAUUGAAGAGAAAACCACCCAGACAUUGAUGGUUGACAGCGUACUGACUGUGAAGCGGCAAAGUGCUGAGUUGUCUUUAACAAAAUUCAUGUUUGAUACAUCAGCUUCUCCAAGUAGGAAUGAUAUCACAGAGUUGAAUUUUACUGUCACUGUCCCUGAAGUGGUGCCAGAUUUUGUAACGUAAAGCGACAGUGCGGGACUUUAACUUAUAAAUGAACGUCCAUUACAUUCAACCCCGUUCCCAGUGAGUUCACACAACACUGACUAAGCUUAUCGGUACAAGUAAAUCUCUCUGUAUUUGGCAGUAUAUUGGAGUUUUGAAUUAUGUGUCUGGCAACGUUUAUGCACUGGCGCACCAGUUGCAAAACAUUUCACGUCAACCAGCAAUGACUGGCUGGGAGCAAAUGUAGCGACGAAGAUCGACAAGGUUACAGCAACUGAGAAACGGAUUACAGUCUAAAAAAGGACGGGAUCGUCAGUGAGGCUUACGUCAUGAACACGCUUGAGAGUGUCUUUGUGUUUACUCACUGUCAAAAGAGAGAAAAGUGCCGCCCUGCAGGUUUAAUGUAUAAUUCAGGGGGAAUCGUUGACUGUAAAUAAAAGAUGGAUGUUGCCAUCAUGAUGUCACCCCUUGUGGAGUACCAUUCUGAAGCCUAGAGUUUGAAUUUGGCCACCCCAGAUUGGUCUUUUUAAACCAGAUGUAAUGAGCAAAUUGUGCAUCUGAUUGAGAACUCAAAAACAUCAUGCACGCUGAUACAGUAGCAACCUGUCAAUCACAAGGUAGCCCCGCCUUUAAGCAUACAUUACCUACUUGCCUGUUUUACUUUAAACAAAACCAUCACACCGCAUUGAGGAGGAUAUGAAAGCAUUGAUGGAGAUCUGAAAAAUGUUCACUGAGGUAUCAAAUCACAGCAGAAGUCCCAUAGACUUCUAUACAAUUUGACUUCUUAGGAGUCGCCCCCUGCUGCCUCUUAGAAAGAAUGCAGGUUUGAGCCACUUCGUCUGACUCCUUGAUUGUAGACUGCAGGGUUAAACCUGCCUCUGGCCAUGCAUUUCACCCAACGUUCUCCUUCCCUUACCCUAACCACAUGUUAUUGUUUUCAAAAUUAUCCUGCUACAGAAAAUCACAACAACCUCGAGGAUAAUUCUGCAGAAGGUUUGGCUCAUGAGAUAAAGCAGCCUUGCUAUUUUUAUUUCUAAUUUUAGGUGAAUUAUGAAUUCUAGUGACAGCACUUGGCUCCUUGCGUGCAAAUGUUCUACGAAAUGCCCUCUCACUGUUUAAAUGGGACACCAUUCCUGCAUCCUGGGCUUAGCACCGCCGAAGACGAUGUAAUCAGUUUAACGAAAUACAGACAAGCCAGAAGUCCUUUUUUCCCCCUUUGUAGCAAAAUGAUGAAGAGAUGCAGCCAGACCAUUCUUUACAGUGCUAGAUAAUGAAUACUCUGAUUGUGUGAAACUAUUUUUUUUUUUACAUUGAUUUGACUUUUCAGACUCUGACGCUUCAUCCAUCUUUUAUAUAGUCUACUGGACGAGAAUGCUUCCUCUAUUUUGUUGCUGCAAAUGAUAAAUAAAAUGGCUAGUAUCCUCUUUAAGCAUAUUUUGAAGUGACAAAGCCUCCAUCAUAAAGUUUAGAUUGUCCAAAGGAACACCUUUCUAUGUGUCCACAACUCAGUCCAGGAAGAAACCACGUCUGUCAUUGUGCAACACUUCUGUUUUUCUCUUGUAAAUAAAUUGCCAGUGUUUUGUACUAAAUAAAACUUUUAUAAUCGCUA